AUGCAAAGCCCUCCGUCACAGAAGCUCCGGCAGUUGCGGCUGUCUGAACCAAAGGAAGACCUGUCACAGCGACAGAAGCCAGAUCGCCAUCUCCACAAAUCAACCAUGGGGCGUCGUGCUGUAUUAACGGGAGCCGUCGUGAAAGCCUCUACCCGUGAGUCUAAGGUCGGCCAAACAGCAGUACGAGCUAGAAAGGGAAGUCCUGAGCAUCUGCUGAUUCACACGCAUCCCCUGGAUGAUCCUGCUUCUUAUGAGCGCGAAUUUUCCGUCAUAACCGCUGUCUCCAGGAUCCCCGCCCUCGUCGACCAUGCUCCGCGGAUUGUUAAAGCGGAUCCCAGCUCUGGCGUCAUUAUGCUCAGCACCCCAAAGCUCUACUGGAACCCUUUUUUACACUCUCUGGAAGCUGAGAAGUUCGGCCUUGACAGGUUGCUCGAACUGAAACAGAAGCUUCGCUCCUACGUCGAGUUAUUAUACAGCCAUGGCGUGGCAUACCGUGUCAAACAUGACUUCGUGUUUCCCGCGCGGACAAUGUCAGGCAGCUGGGUGCUGUAUCUAGGUGGCUGGAUGGAUGCCGACUUCUGUCCUGACCCGAGUCAUUUGGAGUCAACUGAGUGGAGGGCGCGGGAAGCAAAACAGUUGGAUGAAAUAGAACGUCUGUUUGAACUGCUGGUCAGGCGCUGCGAGGAUAUACAGGAUGAGCGGAAAGGCCAACCGGGCCACAGAUGUGACAAAUGGACAUUGAAAGAACAGCUGAGGCCCCAGACCUAG